CUGAGCUUCAAUCAAGAGGUGCAACAGUAACUAAAAACUUCCAGUUAACACAAGUCACUCUUACCUGGGAUGGUCAGCAAGGUGGCUGUUACCUGGAACAUGGAGCCCCUCUUACUGUUUCCUAAUCCCUAUGGCAACCCUACAGUCCAUAUCACCCAGGAAAAGUUACAGGUACUCACUUGCCAUCCAAGGAGUUUGCAAAAUGGACCCAGAUAAACAAGAUGCUCUUAAUAGUAUUGAGAAUUCCAUUUAUAGAACAGCCUUCAAAUUACGAUCAGUGCAAUCUCUAUGCCAAUUGGACUUGAUUGACAGUUCUCUCAUCCAACGCUUCCUGCUCGAUCAAAGUCUCUGGGAAGCAAAAGCGGGCUGCCUCUCAGCACAGCAGCUUUUACAGGUGCUCGAGGAACUUUUCAUGCAAGCUGGGGUGGAGAAGCCAGGACAGGUGCAUCCCAGAGCGUCGGAACUCACCCUGAGUCUUCUCACAGCCAUGUAUGACAGCACAGGAACGGGUUUUCUCAAGCGGGUGCCUGCCGCCGCAGCCCUGAUGGCCCUCGCAAGCGACAGCCCUCUCGCUAAGUACAGAGUUCUUUUUCAGCUCUAUGCAGAAAAUAACAGGGGAGGUUAUGAUUCCGGGGCCCGCAUGACCCGAAAGGCUUUGAGAAAUCUCCUAACAGAUCUACAACAGAUCCCAACUGUGGUAGGGGAGAGUCGGGCUUUGUGUUCUGUGGAAAGCGCUAUUCGCAGCUGUUUCCAAGGGGUGUUGAGCCCAGCAAUCAAAGAAGAAAAAUUCUUAUCUUGGUUACAGACUGAGCCUCCCAUCCUUCUGUGGCUCCCGACCUGCUACCAAUUAUCAGCCACUGAAAUGGCCACUCACCCUGUUCGGUGUAGAAUCUGUAGGAUAUUCCCGAUCACUGGACCGAGAUACCGCUGUCUGAAGUGCCUCAACUUUGACAUCUGCCAGAUCUGUUUCUUAACUGGUCUUCACAGCGAGUCCCACCGGGAGUCUCAUCCAGUGAUUGAGCACCAUGUCCAGAUGUCAGCAAAGGAGCACACGAAACAGCUCCUCAGGACCCUCAGAAACAACCUGCUCCAAGGACGCUAUAGGAGGAGAGAAGCUGCAAGAAGAAACUUUCGGCUGCCAGACCCAGUGAAUCCAAAGGGCGUGGUUAUUAACCCCACACCUGCUGGCAGGCUCUCCAUUCAACACAAUAGCUCUAAUGUACCAAUGUAUGUAAGUCUAACUGGGCCAGAAGCCAUGGACGCCUCCAAAGAAAUAGCUCAAAGGAAACCUCAGGCUCAACAGGUCAAAGACAGCAGCUCACACCAUCAGACUGUAGUUAGUAUUAGGAAUGAACUGUGGAGGACUCGCGAAUCCAUUACUGCUCUCCAUAAGGAAAGAAGGCUCCUUAGAAAGCAGUUAAACCAAUUCAAAGACAAAUUACAAGCCAUAUAUGCCUCCCAAGAAGAAAGAAGUUACAGAUUUGAAACAAAGAUUCAUGAACUCACAACCAGCCAAGACAGUCUGUGGAAUAAACUACAGCAGAUGGGACAGCACCUUCAGGCAAUGUUACAGCCAUUCCAUCCUUCACCUUCUUCCUGUCUAAAUAUGAUUUCCAAGAGUGACCAUGGAAAAAGUGAAAGAUUUUAUAGAGAAGGAGAUUCUUCCCAGAUCAAGAAUGCCACUGGAAAUGGCUCAAAGUGGGAACCUCUUCCUAAUCACACCAUGAUUGACAAAAGUCAUCGAAAACAAACAAAUGCAGAACUCGCUCUACCAAAGUCUGAAUCAUCAGAGAUCAUUUUGCAAUUGAUGUCAAAGCCCAACACAACCUGGGCACAAAGCCCAACACAGAAGACCUGGAAGGCAAUGUUAAGUUCCCUACCCAAUUCUCAGGAAGUUCUGCCACAGGACACCUCGCAGAUUGCUGCUGCUGAAAUGAGCAGUCCUCAUAUAACAACUGCAGAAAGAAAAGAAGCAAUUGACAUCCACCAGAGAGAGGAUGAGCCUGAGAAAGAGGAACUACAAGAAUUGUUGUCUAGACUUAUGGAUGCCUUCACUCUAGAAAUGCCAUCAGGUCCUCAGUCUUCAGUAAACACAGAACUGUAUUGUGGCGCUGAGCGGGUAUGCAGGGCCUUCUCUGCCCUUGUUGAUCAAAUCACCUUCUCCAACUUGAAGUGAAAAGGAGUCCAGGUUUAAAG